UUCAAGAACCCAGCUGCCCCUCAUCACGACGAAUAACCAUGGCAGCUCCGUCGGAACACCAAGCAGCUGCACUCCUUGCUCAUGUAGCCAGUCAAAUGCAACUCAACGUCGCAUUUCUCGAAUCACAGAAGUACCUGUCUGCUCAAGAUGCUGCUACCAUGAAAGAGAUCAUCAUGCGACUGCCAGUGGCCACUAAUACUGUCGUUAGGGCAGAAACCAAUGUUCAGGUGGUUUCGCCAGCAAACACGGCCGUACGGGCUGUCCCACCUCCCCCAGAAAAGGUUCAGUCACCCGUGUAUGCGCGGGCACUGUGGGCGUACAAUGAAGAUGGCGCUGAACCGAACGAUCUUUCCUUUGCGGCCGGGGAGACGAUUGAAAUUGUUACCGAGACAAACGAGGAUUGGUGGCUAGGGAGAGCGCGCGGGCGAGAAGCCCUCUUCCCAGCCAACUACGUCGAGAAACUUGCGCAUGACUCCCAGACUGGUGCUGCGAGCAAGGCUUAUCAUCCAUUCGGUGCUGCCCUCCACGGAACUGACACGCCGCCCCCUGCUGGGAAUGGGGUGAAUUCGAUAGGUCUACAGCAAUCUACGGGACAGACGGAGAAGAAGAACAGGUUUGGCAAGUAUGGAAACACGAUGGCGCAAUCUGCUGCUGGCGGUGUUGGCUUCGGUGCUGGUGCUGCCAUCGGUGGAGGCUUGGUGAGGGCAAUCUUUUGAGUUAUUAGCGUAGACAAGAGUAUGACGUAAUCAGUGUCACGUGAAUCUCACUGCCUCUGGCUAUGAAAUGGGUGCUGGGCAUUGGAGAUUUAAACU